CCAAUUGUAAAUCUUUCUGAUGAAGGGUAUUAUACAUGUAAAGUGUCUUAUAGGUUGGAACCUACCAUGUGUGAAGCUCAAGACGAUUACGACGAAUCCUCAUUUUACUUAGAUGUGCAAUAUGCUGCCAAGAUAAGUAGAUUUCAUGCCGUUGGGUUCGAUGUAUCAUCCAAAAGCAUUACCAUUAACGAAAGUAAAUCUGUUACCUUAUUGUGUGAAGUGGAUAGCGAUCCUGUUGCUUACCUGGCGGUUAUAAAUACUACUCGCGGUAGUAACCAUUUAUUGAUAGGACAACACAAUAACACAAUAUCUAUCAGUUUAGGUAGAGCACAAUGUGAAUAUGAUAUGGGAGUUUACGAUUGCAAAGGAAACAACACUCACAAUAAAGUUCAGCAGGUGCGAACAGUAGAGAUAUUGAUUAAUUGUGCGCCGAGACCAUCGCCAUUUUAUCCAGUUAAUACUACUAUCUACCGAAAAACAAAUGAUUCUGUAAUUCUCACGUUCACCUUUGUGGCAUAUCCUCCCCCGAGUAAUCUAGACGCAUUUGUUUGGAAAAAACUAAAAAGUAACGAAUGGGUAACUCUUCAAAAUUCAAGCGGAUUUUUUAUUCAUAUUUCCAACGAUCGACUGCAAACAAACCUGUCAAAAUGGCAGCUUCAUAGCGACGAUUUUACUAAUUAUACGGUCCGUGUAAAUAACGAUAUCGGAUCUUGGGAACACAGCUUUGUUAUUCGAGCAAACGUGCAGCCAUCUGCUCCGGAACUAUAUGAAAUUAUGGAAGACUUAGUAACACAGAAUUCUGUAACAAUCGAGUGGAAAUCGGGAUUUGAUGGGGGUGAAGAACAACGGUUUGUUAUUCUAUACAAAAAAUCUACAGAAAUGGCUUGGGACAAUAUAACUCUGCCAGGAGCAAUUACUCGAAUCGCACUUGAUGGUUUAGAUCCUGGCACCGCUUAUGAAGUCAAAAUGUAUGCUGAAAAUACGAUUGGAAAGUCAGAAGAAACCGCUGUGCAACACGUUGUGACGAAAUCCUAUUCAGUAAGCAGUUACUCUUCAACAUCCGCUCUUGGUGGAGUAGUAGGUGGAAUAUUUGGAGUCGUUGUUAUACUCGCCGUGUCCGCCCUUAUCUGGAGAUGCAGAUCGCAUGUCUUUUCAGGACUUAUCACAACAAAACAAUGCCUAACACACAGGAACUCGUUUAGGAAGUAUGAGGAUCUUAUCCGACGACAGGGUUACAACGACGCCUCAACAACAGAUGGAAGUUAUGCAACCUGUAGAAUCGACUCAUCACAAUCCCGUAAAGCCAAUCAGUACGAAACAAUUGUGGAGCUUGAAAGUCGUGAUUACUCGAUUGUGUCGGCGUGUUAUGAUCAAAGAGACAAUACUACAUCUGCAAAGGUAUCCACAUCGGAGCAAACUGAUGUUUCAUCGACCGAUCCGGAAUACGUAAAUUUACAAAUAUAAAUAUAAUGAGUUUUGUAACAAUCGUGUCGGAAUACUUUUAUGUAUAUCCAUAUGGGUUUUAUGAAUGAAAAUCGAUUUUGCAUUCUGCCUAUAUAUGUAAUAUUCUGUUUUAUUAUGCCCUCAGUACUUUCCUUAAUUAUAUAUGCAAAUGAA